UGGACAGUGGAGAGGUUAGCUUUCUCUCUCCUUCUAGUUCAGUCCUUUGGCUAAUGGGAAAGACCACGCAGGAGCUAUGGAGUUGCUUUCUGUGCUUGACAAAAGUGCAUAGAUAGAAGACAGGGAUUCCUGGCUGGGAGGAGGGAGGAGAGCUGAAGAUCUCUGCCUGGGCUGGCUGAGCUAAGCAGUCAAAGUGGGAAGCUGAGUGCUUGAAAGAGGAUUGUGCUCGCACUAGAAAUAAGCAAAAUCGGGUCAUGCAAAUGAGCUACUUGAAAAGUAAAGAAAAAGGAUAUGGAAAACUAAGCAGUGAUGAAGACCUCGAAAUAAUUGUUGAUCACAAGCAGGUAGUAGGUGUAACCUUGAAGAAAAAGUGGCACUGUCUUCAAAAAAGUGACCUGACCCUGGCUUUGGGAAAAGGCUCUAGGGCGGCAGAUAAGGCUGUUGCCAUGGUGAUGAAGGAGAUACCGAGGGAGGAGUCUGCUGAAGAAAAGCCCCUCCUUACUAUGACAUCACAGCUGGUGAAUGAGCAGCAAGAAAGCAGACCCCUCUUGAGUCCCUCCAUCGAUGACUUUCUCUGUGAAACCAAAUCGGAGGCAAUAGCAAGGCCAGUAACGUCCAACACAGCCGUAUUGACCACAGGCUUAGAUCUCCUUGACCUGAGUGAACCCGUCUCUCAAACCCAAACCAAAGUCAAGAAGUUGGAGGCCUCAUCAAAAACCUCAUCCCUCAAGAAAAAGGCUGAUGGAUCUGAUCUUAUCAGUGCAGAUGCUGAGCAGAGAGGCCAGCCUCUCCGAGGCCCAGAGACAUCAUCCUUAGAUUUAGACAUUCAAACACAACUGGAAAAAUGGGAUGAUGUUAAGUUUCAUGGAGAUCGAAAUAGCAAAGGGCAUCCAAUGGCAGAGAGAAAAUCAUGCUCAUCUAGAACUGGAUCAAAAGAACUUUUAUGGUCCUCAGAGCACAGAUCUCAACCAGAACUAAGCGGUGGAAAAAGCGCCCUGAACUCCGAGUCGGCUUCUGAGUUGGAAUUAGUGCCUCCAACACAGUUCAGCAAAUGUGAUUGAAUGUCUACUAUCCACAAGCCAUAAGUGAGGCAGUGAAAAGGUUAGAAAGAGGAAUUCAAUUAUCAGAAGUAUCAAGACCUUUAUUAGACAGUACAAUUAGACAGUACACUUUCUAAAUACAGUUUUGCUUGUUGGAAGAUAGUACAAGAGCCACAUCGACAUCCCUUUUCCCUUCCUGACCGUGCUCAGUGGGCUACCAAUGAGGAAAGAAGCAAGCAAAGACGGAAGGAAGGAGCAAAGGAAAGGCAGCAGGGCAAGAACCACAGGAAGACAAGGAGGAAGGAAAGAAAUCUGAAAGAUCACUUUCAGGAUAGUAGGCAAUCUGCACACAGUAGGUACUCAACAAAUACUUGUUGAAGUGGAAAAAUAAGAGAAUACUAACAAAAAGGAGAAACAACAACACUUGUCAAAUUUAACAAUUUGAAAGUAGUGGCUAAUUAAUAGUUAACUAAAAGACAGACAAAAAUAAAAAUAAAAUGACAAGAUUUUAUUCUUUCAUCAUUUUUGAAGCUAGUUUCACAAAUAAUUUUUAGUUAUGCAUGGUAAUGGACUGUCCAUCUCUUUUCAAAAUCAGCACUGAUUUGCUUUGAUGUUCUACAACAUAGAAUUUCAUAGUAGGAUGGAGAUGGGAACCAUAUGCUGCCCACCUUGCACAAAGCUCUAGGAAUUUGCUCUUUGACACAUAAGGUACAACUUUUUUGUGCACAUUCAACAAUAAAUGUCUGUGGACUGAUUAAGAAAAAAAAAUCACAACCCACUCAAAGAGGCACGAGUUUAUCUGUACUAUAUAAGAAUCCAACCAGUCUGCAUUAACCACUAAACAAAAGUGCUCUAAACACAAAUAAUUCUUAUUUUUUUGAAGAUUUUAUUUAUUUGACAUAAUUUUUAAAUGAAUUUCUAAAGUCACACCUGAUAAGUGCUAACCAGAAAGAUAAUGACAAAAGCCAAAUUUUAUAGCACUUACUGUGCACUGAGCAUUUUGUGUGUGUAUUUACAUGAGUUAUUGUACUUGAUUCUUAUACAGACUCAGCAAGUGAAUAUACACUUUGCAGAUAUGAAUACUGGGGAUUAUAGAGAUUAAGUAAUUUGUCCAAAUUCACCAGUUACUGUUAAAUCCAAUCAGGAUUUGGCCCUAGGCAGUCUGACUCCAAAGAUUAUGCUUUUAAUUACUGUGUUACAUUGUUACCCAAAGUCUGCUAGUUGUUAUAUUUUUCUUUUCUAUAGUUAAGCAGCACCCUUUUCCCCAUCAAUCUCUUCUGAAAAGAUAAUGAGCUUUUUAAACAUGUGUUUUGGUGGGAGACCUCCAGCGGUAAUGUAAAGGUAAUUGUAUAAGGGGUUAUGAAGGACUGACAUUGAGGUUAGCCAACAAGAGUUAUGCUAGGACAACCACAGCCACAAAUACAGUAAUUUUUAAAUCAUAACUUUGAUCACAAUCAUAAUUUUGA